AUGAAAAACCCCAAGCCCCUGCGAGAUAUUAUCAACCAUAUUGAGUUCAAUGAAUUGAGAGCUAGCAUCUUUGCACAGGUAGAUCAAGUGAACAAUGCCAUCCUUGCACAGGUAGAUCAAAUGAACAAUGCACCCAAUGGAGUCAACAAAAAUCAUCCAGACCAAUACACUGGAGGAGUUCCCGUCGCUAUUUAG